GGGAAUGUUGAAGUGUGAACUGUGACUUGUGAGUGUGAUACAUCAACUUUUCCGAGUAAUGAGUUCUAUUUAGUAAUUAAGGUUCUUGCAUUUUAUUGAAUGGAGUAAUUACGUAGAUUUACUAGUUACCUACCUAUAAUUAUAGAUUUCUAAUGUUUUCUUAAUUUGUGCUGGAUGUGUUUAAUUAAAAACUUAUAACAAUGCCUCUGGCAAAUGCCACAGAUCCAUGGCGAAUGCGAAAUGUUGGAGAUGUCUCGCGUGGUAUUGCAGCACAAGCUGCAAAUUGUCUUCCAAUGGUUGUCGAAAACACUGGGUCUCGGCAGACUUCUACGACAGAGAGCUUGGAGUCCACCAUUUCAAAUAAUAGUGAUUUGAGCUUUGAAAGGGAAGUGGAAUUGCAGGAUGUAGUCAAAGAAGGCCAUGAAAAAGCUGACCCAUCUCAAUUUGAGUUGCUCAAAGUGCUUGGUGAAGGUUCUUUUGGAAAGGUAUUCUUAGUGAGGAAAGUUAGUGGACCUGAUGCAGGCACUCUUUAUGCGAUGAAGGUACUUAAAAAAGCAACAUUGAAAGUAAGAGAUCGUGAGCGCACAAAAAUGGAAAGAAAUAUAUUAGUGGAAAUGGGACAUCCCUUUAUAGUUAAACUACACUAUGCAUUUCAAACCGCUGGGAAACUAUAUUUAAUAUUAGAUUUUUUAAGAGGCGGUGAUCUCUUUUCAAGACUUAGCAAAGAGGUAAUGUUUACUGAAGAGGAUGUCAAAUUCUAUUUAGCAGAAUUAGCAUUAGCAUUAGAACAUGUGCACAAAUUGGGAAUCAUAUACAGGGAUCUAAAGCCUGAGAACAUAUUGUUAGAUGCGGAUGGACACAUAGCUCUCACCGAUUUUGGUUUGUCAAAACUACCACCAAGUAGUGACAAAGCUUAUAGUUUUUGUGGCACUGUUGAGUACAUGGCACCUGAAGUAGUUAACAGAAAGGGACACACGUUUGCUGCUGAUUGGUGGUCAUUCGGAGUGCUUAUGUUUGAGAUGUUGACUGGUAACCUUCCAUUCCAUGGGGCAAAUAGGCAUGAGACCAUGACACAGAUACUUAAAGCGAAAUUGGGAAUGCCGGCAAAUCUCAGUGAGGAAGCACAGUCCCUGUUAAGAGCUCUGUUCAAGAGAAACCCACAAAACCGUUUAGGAGCUGGUCCAAAUGGAAUUGAAGAUAUAACCAAACAUGAAUUCUUUGCAAGCAUAGACUGGGAUGGUUUAUUGAAAAAAGAGGUAAUACCGCCAUUCCGUCCGGCGGUGUCGCGCGCAGACGACGCGUAUUACUUCGACUCGGAGUUCACGUGUCGAACUCCGCGGGACUCGCCCGGCGUCCCUGCAUCCGCUAACGCACACGAACUAUUCCGGGGCUUUAGUUUCGUAGCGCCAUGUCUAUUGAAUGACGAAAACAACAAGACGGUCACAAAUGAAAACCAAAAUCAUGUCGCGCAAACUAAGACGUCUACUGAAGACUUUUGGUCUGGAUUUGUUAAUAGGAACAAUUUCUUUGAUGAAUACAGGUUGAUGGGUGAAUUAGGUACGGGAUCGUUUUCCGUUGUUCGUCUGUGCGAACAUAAGACAUCAAAAACACAAUACGCCGUGAAAAUCAUGGACAAACUGCAGUACGACCCUCGAGAGGAGAUCGAAAUACUCCUCAGAUACAGCCAACACCCUCAUAUAAUAACCCUUCGGGGGGUAUACGAGGAAGGCGGCCGCAUUCUCGCUGUGACGGAACUUUGUCGUGGCGGGGAAUUGCUAGAGCAUAUUACCCAAAAACGCUUUCUUCCCGAAAGGGAAGCAGCGCCCAUACUAAGGAAUGUAUUGCACGCGGUACAUUAUCUACAUGCGCAUACGACGGUUCACAGAGACAUAAAGCCCUCGAAUAUCCUGUUCGCAACUGCUCAAAAGCGUCCCGAAGACAUUCGUCUUGUGGACUUUGGACUCGCGAAGCAGCUCAGAGCUGAAAAUGGCCUCCUCAUGACUCCGUGCUACACGGCCAACUUUGUCGCUCCGGAAGUGCUGAAACGUGCCGGAUAUGAUGCUGCUUGCGAUAUUUGGAGCUUGGGUGUUCUCGCAUAUAUAAUGCUGUCGGGAAGGACUCCAUUUGCCAGCACGGGAGAUGACACUCCGGAGGCCAUACUUACCAGGAUUGAAUCGGGAAAGGUGGACCUAUCGGGUGGAGCGUGGCGUCAAGUGUCAACUGAGGCUCGGAAUUGUGUCAGACGUAUGUUGCAACUGGAGCCGGCGUUGCGUCCGCGCGCUUCAGAUCUGUUGCGAGAGGCGUGGCUCAGUCCGGGCCACGCCCACUCGGCCGCCGAACCCUCUGAUGCUCCCACACACGAUACACCACCUGCUGCGGACUUGCGACGAGCCGUCGAUCUUACUUACCAGGCGAUGACGUCAGCGCCCUUAACGCCGCACAUACUCGGCCCAGUAUCACAAUCGACGCUUGCGCAGCGACGCAUCAAACCCCAAAGGACAUUCUCGCCUACACAGUUGUAAUUGGUAAAAUACUGUAGAUCAGGAAACAAUUUGACACUAAAUACGUAAAGAACAGUAUACGGUAACAACAAUUUUUUUGUUUGAAAGAAAAUAAUAGAAUCAAUUAACUAUUGCAAAAGGUUUAAAAAUUAAUUAUUACUUACCUCGUGAGAUUAAUUCCAGUUAACGUUUUUAUGUAACUUUCAGUUAACCGAACGAGAUUUUUUUUUUAGAUUAAGUAGCCUUUGAAAACGCGACUAAAAUAUACUCAGUGGAAAUAUAAAAGAUAAAUUUAGAAAAAUCAAAAUGAGAUUUGUACCUUAAAAGGUUAUUGUGACUUAUAGCUUGAACCUAACCUUUUUUUAAUUCCUUUUGCGGCUUUAUCGCUUUCACAAUGCUACGUGCACAAGUCAUUGGUUUGUAGAACCACCGUAUUUAAAAAUAUAGUACUCAGAGUCGUUUAUUAAUAGUUAAUGGCUAUUUAACAAAUUUAAAACAAUUAAUCAUAGAUCGAGGCCGAAGAGUCUUGCAAAUCAAUUGUUAACUAAUCCGGCUUUAAAUUUUGUACCUGAAUUUCAUCCAUCAAUUUAUUAAUCAACAUUAUCGAUAAUUUUUCGGACUCUGAGGUCGAUAAAUCAGUUGAAGAACCGUUAACAAGGGCGAUGUAAAAAUAUAUAAGUUAUGUAAAACGUAAACAUUUUCAUAAAAAAUAAAUCAUUAUUACACCGUUUUUACUAAAGUACUCACCUGUCUCUUUCCAUCACAACGUUAACACAAUUUGACAGAAAGGGACGACACAUUCGUUAAGAAAGUGCAAUUAGACUGGUUUACUUUUAAAUAAUAAGGGGUAUUCUGUUUUCUUUAAAAAUAAUUUAUUGCAUUUUCUCUUUAUUUUUUGAAAUAAAACACAUUCACAUUCUCUAUCUACUGAGAUUAAAAUGAAAUAUUCAUUUAUUCUAUUUUCUUAGAAAUAAUUAUGUUAAUAGCAAAAUAUUACUAUUCCAAAUUAUUCUUCAAUUUGGCAUUUUAGGUUACAGAGACAUUCCAUAUGACAUUUAUGUUCUAUCUUUAGUAAAGGUAUGUCAAUAUCGUCUUCCUACAGAUAGAAGAGAUUUUUAUAUAAUAAAUAUAUUAUAUUUUUAUAAUAUAGCUUCUUACCCACCUUUUGAAACCUCUUGGUGCCAUUUUCUUUAAGUGCCACGUAAGCGCUUCACUAUAUUAUCUUAUUUAGCGUCAUAACAAUAUUUCCAUUUAAAUAUAAAACUUAUACUUUUAAAUUCUAGGAUAAUUCAUAUUAUGGGCGUUAAAUAAGGCCUAAAUUAGUAAAAUUAUCAUGUUAUGCAAAUAUUUUUGGAAAGUAUUACAAUCAAAAAGUUCAAAAAAGUAACAAAUCAAAAUAUAAAUAUUUUUAUUUUACAAAUUGAUAGGAAAAAAUAAUUUUAAUCGAUUACUUAAUGAUGCGAUUUGUCGGUAUUAAGCAUAAUGUUAAAGUAAAAUUAAUUAAUAAGAAAAUUAGUCACGGUUACAACCGUUUAGCGAGUUCAAUGUAUAUUUUUAUACUUCUUAAAAUAAAUAUAUUUACUAAUUGCAUAUUAGUGGUUGAUGUUUAAAUUUUUACCAAAGAUUAAAUGCAUAUUGGCUCGUCCCUAUACUCAUUUUCUGUAGUCUAUAUUUGUAUAACAACGUUGCUAUGGUAACGUAUCUUUUGCUUGUCAAAUGAGUAUAGAAACGCGCCAACAGUCAAUUUAGGUAAGUGCUGUCUUCAAUGGGGAUUUUUUGCAACAUUUUACUCUAAACUUGAAUUAUUAUAGGUACUUAUUUUAAUAUAAAAGAGCAUAAUUUUGUGACUGUAUAUUUGCAAGUAAGUACAAUAGUGUUUAGUUUAAUGAAAUAUGUGAUUCACAAACGACAAUUUUGUGCAAAAUUAUUAUUUCAAGAACUGACACGCACACUCCGUUUUGAAACAUUUUUAGUAGCUUGGUGUAUAAUGUAUAUGUUUGAUAAAUAUACUCUGCAAACUAUAAAGUAUAUUCCUAAAAUACUUCGUACAGUAUUAAGUCACUCUAGAGAUACUCAUUGGACAUAUCUAAAGAAACUUGUCAUAGUAAUUCAUAUCAUGAAAAGUACACGCCAAUUAUAUUACAGAUUUCAGUAUUUUAAAUGUAUGUUAAUUAUUUUCAUACCAAAAUAGAAUUAAUGUAUUUAUAGGAUUAUUUGAAAAUGUUCAUUCGAAAGCCUUAUUUCAAACAUGUUUCAAUAUUUGAAAUAUUCUUUAAACAAAAUAUAUAUAUGUUAUUUAUUUUUUAUUUACAAUUUUUAGAAGCUUCACGCAUGAUAUAAGAGUAGACUUUCCGAAAUUUGGUCAUUAAUAGAAGAUGCACAAAAUUAGCACAUAGAUAUAAUAUAUGUAGUGAUAUGUGAUGUACUGUAUUCAUGUUAUAAAUGAUGCAUUUUACUAUUGAAAAUCACUUUCUCCGUCACAAAAUGUAACUUGUUAAAUAAUACUAAGUAUUUUCUUACUCAAAGUCCAUUUGUAGGUUUUCUAUGGCAUUUUAGACUGUGAACUCAUGUUGACAAAUUUCAAGACUAAAUUGUAUCACAUGCUGGACCAGCUUAAAGUACACAACUAGAGGAAGGCCUGUCUAUAUUUUGUUAAAAUGGAUAAUUUUAUACAAUGUCUAAUUUAUCAAUAAUAUGCAUACCAAUAAUAUUGAUCAGUGUGGUCUGAUGAAACUUAUGCAUCUUUUUUAUAAGUUAUUUGUGUUACAAUUUUCAAAUGCCUUUAUAUAUUAACUGAGUAGAACGGUAUACUCAUGAUGAAAUGUUAUUUUGUCACAUCUAUUUUUCUAUCUAUCAAAAAGAAAUCCAAUUAUAAGUAAGUUGUUAAAGUAGGAAUUCCUAAGAUGAGAUGUAAUAUAUUGUUGAUAUUGCUUA